GUGUUUCUUUCGUCUUCCUUUCAGCAUUAUUCACUGAAAUUUUGUUCAAUAUGGCUGCCACACAUGAUUUGACUAUGAAGCUGAUUCCUUUUUUGGAUCGUCAUCUUGUUUUUCCUCUUAUUGAAUUCUUAGAGUUGAAAGAAGUUUAUGCUCCUAAAGAUUUACUUCAAGCCAAAUAUGACUUAUUCAAAAACUCAAAUAUGGUUGAUUUUGUUCUUGAUCUGUAUAAGACUAUCAAUAAGACCGAUGACGCACCAAAGGAGUUUACCGAAAAGAGAGAAAAGGUUUUGUUACAAAUGGAAGAUUUCAGAAACAAAGCUCAGAAAGUCAUGGACAUCCUUGAAAAGCCGGAAGUUAUUGCUGCUCUCCGUCAAGACAAGGCUCAAAAUUUACAAUACUUGAAGGAUAAUUAUCAGUUCACUGAAGAUUCCAUUGAGAUUUUAUACGAGUUUGGUCAAUUCCAAUACAACUGCGGUGAUUACGGAGGAGCUGCUGAUUAUCUUUAUCACUACCGUGUCUUAUCAACUGAUUCAGAACGCUCUUUAUCUGCUACUUGGGGCAAAAUGGCUGCAGAGAUCUUAACCGGUAACUGGGAUGCAGCAUUGGAUGAAAUGCAAAAGUUGAGAGAGAUCAUUGAUCAAAAGAAUUUCACAACACCUCUUCAACAACUUCAGCAACGUACUUGGUUACUUCACUGGUCUCUAUUUGUCUUUUUCAAUCAUCCUAAAGGCCGAGACGGCAUCGUCGACAUGUUUCUCACUCCUCAAUAUAUUAAUACUAUACAAACCUCCUGCCCUUGGAUCUUACGUUAUCUUGCAACGGCUGUUGUCACUAAUAAGCGCAGGAAGAAUCAAAUGAAGGAAUUGGUAAAGAUUAUUGAACAAGAAUCAUACGAGUACCGAGACCCUGUUACGGAGUUUGUCGAAGCUCUUUUUGUUCGAUUUGAUUUCGAGGGAGCUCAGAAGAAAUUGAAGGAGUGUGAAGGUGUUUUGAGCAACGACUUUUUCUUGGCUGCUACACACGAAGAUUUUAUGGAAAGUGCAAGACAAUUCAUUUCCGAGACAUACUGUAGAAUUCACCAGAAGAUAGACAUUAAGGAAAUGUCACAGAGAUUGAAUUUAUCUGAAGAGGAAGGUGAAAAAUGGAUUGUUAACUUGAUUAGAGACACUCGUGUUGAUGCUAAGAUUGACUUUGAAGAAAACACCGUCAUCAUGAACACACCUGUGACAUCUGUUUAUCAGCAGGUAAUUGAGCGUACAAAGGGCCUCUCUUUCCGAUCGCAAGUCCUCGCCACUACCAUCAAGCGCCGUGAAAUGACACAUAAUACUGCAGCUGAAGUCAAUGCUUAAUCUUUCAAUAAUUCAACGUUCAUUUACCUUCAUUUGAUAUGACCUACCCCUCCUGCAAUUACUAAUAAAUUUGAACCUUAAACAUCCUUUGCCGAAUUUGCUCAUUUGUAAGAUAUGUUAUUCAACAAAUUACAGUAGCAUAGACGAGUUCUGUCAUUUUUGAAGAAAAGAAUGCAACUUGUUCAUUUCGAAUUACGAUAAGUUCGUAUUCUUGC